UUGGAUUGCCUGCUCGUUGAGGCAACUAGCCUGUCGAGUUACGGUGGCGCUGCGGCUAGCGACGCAACUGAAAUAGUGAUAUCGCACGAGCACCUAAGGAUUGCAGUAUACAGUACCAGUACACCAAACCCACCUCUCCUUAUUCCUUCCACCCCCACGCAAAAUCCCCCACCCUUCAACUGGGCAACUGGACGGCAAACGCGAAAAACUGCGACAGUGGCUUGCUGCGCCCGUCCAGGGCAUUCGGGUGGAGGGGCGGAGGGAGGGAGGGGGAGGCAAGUACGUAAAGCGGGAAGGGGGAAGGCUGGGACGCAGACCACAUUCCCUACUCGAUGCAGAGGAGGAGAGGGUAAGGCUGGGACGACGACGUCGGCCCUGAGCCCUCGGAAAAACACGCGGCGUGGGAGCGAAGCUGCAGACACUCGAUCGCCGCUCGGCCCUCCACUCACGCCUCACUCGGUCGCCGGCCCUCCUCUGCGAGACAAGCGGUGAACCGGAGUCGAGCAACGCUCGCAAGAGUGCAAGGGCCGCGCAGAGAAACGUGUGCAUCCCACCGACAGCCACUCCUCACAUCCCAAAGCGUCAAGCAGCUGGGCUGGCAUCUGGGAUCGCUCAAGAACGACCGCCGUUCCGCCGGCUCUCGGCCGCUCGGGACGGGAAUGGGUGGAGGGGGGAGGAUAAUGAGGAAGACGAGGACAGGGUAAGGCUGGGACGCAGACCUGGGCCCUAAUCCCUCUUCUCUCUCGCUCGCCGGCCCUCCUCUGCGAGAACACACCGGCUCUGUAAUCGAGCAGUGCUCGCGAGAGUGCACGGGCCGCGCCGAGAAACGCCUCCAUCCCGAUCCUCCCCUCCUCUGAAACCCCCAGCCCCCGCAGUAGGUGGCGACGGACAGAUCAAUACAUACUCUGCUCGCGUGCCCUACACGGGCAUUGUGGAGGAGAGGCGGAGGGAGGAAAUAAUAAGUGAGAGGGAGAAAGAGGGCUCGGACACAGACCGAAAUCCUCCUGCUCUCGUGACACGGAAGAGAGUUUGGGAGAAGGCUGGGACACAGACCGAAAUUCUCCUGCUCUCGUGAAGUCGUGACAUCUGCGACGCAUGCUACGGCAGCUGCUGCUCCUCCCCUGCACCACCCUAUCUUCUCUCAUGAAACCCCCAUCCCGCACAGUAGGUGGCGACAGACGGAUCGAGACAUACACUGCUCGCGUGCCGUUCCCUACACGGGCAUUGUGGAGGAGAGGCGGAGGGCGGGAAAUCGUGACGCGGAAGAGAGCUUGGGAGAAGGCUGGGACACAGACCGAAAUUCUCAUGCUCUCGUGAUCAAAGUGUCUGAGCACAGACGUGAAUUCAUGAUCCCACUUCACAAACAUCGUCCUGAAGUUGACAAGUUGCGACGUGGCAGGAAGCUUGCAAUACUCAAUGCUCAGUCGCCUCACUCGGGGCCACCAUCCGGGCUGUCUGGAAGAAGAUUCCGACGAUCACCAUCAGAGCGAGGCACGAUCUUUUACUUCAUAUGGAUGCCGAUGGCCGCAUAUGCGGCAACCAUGGCGGCCCUGGCAGCUUCGAUGCCUCCUUGAGCAGCGAUCGCGUCGCCGAUCCUCCGAUUCCUCUCGUCAUCAUCUCGCUGAGCAGCAAAAAGGCUGGCUGCCACGUGAUGUAGUUCAGGAUGUCGGGCUCCAGCUUCACCACCGACCUCACGCGGAGGAGCGAGAGGGUUAGCUGCCACUGCCCUCCCUGAUCGCACGCGCGGAUCGGGAUCCGGAAACUCUCGAUGGCGGGCUCCAUAUUCACCAUCCACAUCUCGAUGAGCAGCGAUCGGGCUGGCUGCCACUGCCAGCGCUUCUCGCACACGCUGGUCGGGGUUCUGUGGCUCAGGAUGGAAAGUGCCAGCUUCGCCACCGACAUCUCGCUGAGCAGCGACGGGGCCGGCUGCCACGUGCUGUAGCUCAUGAUGUCGGGCUCCAGCUUCACCACCCACAUCUCGCUGAGAAGCGAUAGGUCCGGCUGCCACUGCUCGCCCUUCGGGUAGCUUCCGCUGUCCCAGUGCCGCUGCACGUUGCUGGGGCCACGCAGCGCGGCGCGCGGCCAACGGACACGCAGCCGCAAGAUGGGCAGCAGCUCUGACGGCAGCCUUGCUGGGCAUCGCGGCGGGGGCCUCCGCCACGGCACCGGCCUCCAGCUUCGCGUCCGACGCGGGUACAGCAGCAGCGUCAACGUCACCAAGUUGCCCGCACGGUGUGCCGACGACGUAUCGGCUCACAUCAUUCAGCGGCGGCGGCGGAGCGCGCAAGGCCACAGCCGGCGCCACAGCGGGAGGAGCGCCAGGCGGCGGCGCCGGCACGCGGCGAGCAGCCAGGUAGCUGGAGGUACCAAGAUACGCCGCCCGAGCGCCACGCUCCGCGCCUUUCGAGCACGGCGGGAGCUCCGGGAGUACAGCACGAGCAAGAAGACGUAGAACAUGAUCCUGGCCGAGAGCGGGAGAAGCUGCAGCAGCAGCGUCGGCACGAUCUUGGGCGGGUUGCGCAGGCAACACGCGUGGCGGCAGCAGCACCGACGAAACACACAGCGAGGAGGUCGGCGUAGCACUGGGCGAACGGGCGGCUGCCGCAGCCGCAGGGGCGCUGAUCGCCUCGAGCCCGGGUGACUCCUGGAGUGCAGCACCAGCAAGAAGAAGUGCAUGUUUAUCUCCGCGGACACGCUCGGGUCCAGGAGCACGGCCACGACGCACGACGGCGGCCACGUCGCUCAUACGAGGCCGGCAUCCGACUCUGGCCGCAUAGCCGAGCCGUCGCGCAGCUGCACGAAGCGUCGGCCUCGGUCGGCUGCAACGCCGUCCGGAGGGGUCUCGCGGCGCGCGGCUGGCCUGCGGCUCGCCUGGCAUCGGCGCCAGGGGCAAGGCGAGGCGGCCUGCGCGCAUGGCAGCUGUCCGCGGGCGAGGCGCGCAGCGCGCGGCGGUACCUGGUACCGCGGGCACUGCACCCAAAUCCUCGACCCGGGACGGCGGCU